AUGGCGGCAUUAUUAUACCUCCUCCGGCGACGCUGUCAAGCGUCAGCGCAAUCGAACCUUCAUUUCAGACUCCUUCACUCGCUCUCCGACGGCGAACCACAUGACCAGUCUCCGGCGCCGUUUGCCGGAAAGCCUUCCCUCCCACCCCUCCACCACUCCCCGGAGGCGGACACCCUCUGCCAACUCCUAAUCCGCCAUCACAACCCUUUCCACCACAUGGAAUCUUCCCUCCAGCUCCACGGAGUAUCCCUCUCCCCGCCUCUAGUCCACCAGACCCUCCUACGUCUCAGCCACCAUUCCAAAAUUGCCCUCGCCUUCUUCAAAUUCGCCCAAACCCACCACCACCAAACCUCCUCCUCCGCCUCUCCUCCCAUUAUCGACACCGCCGCGUACAACAUCGUCAUAGACAUUCUGUGCAGAGUCCGCCAAUUCGACGCCGCGUGGCAGCUGAUUCUUCAGAUGGAUAGCCACGAAAGCGCCGAUUCCAGGCCCGAUUUCACGACCUUCUUCGUCCUCAUCAGGCGCCUAAUCUCCGCUGGCCUCACGAGGACCGCCGUCCGCGCGUUCUACGACAUGGGGAUUUUUCUCGGCGAAGGCCUGUUCGAGUCUCGGUUUAGCCUUUUCCUCUGCUAUCUCCUGGACACACUCUGUAAGUACGGGUUCGUGAAGGUGGCCAUGGAGGUCUUCAACAAGGAGAAGUACAGAGCGGAUUUGGGCCCGAAACUCUACACGGUUUUGAUCUACGGGUGGUGCAAGGUUGGUAGAAUCGAGAUGGGAAGGAGGUUUCUGAACGAGAUGCUUGAGAGGGGAAUCGAGCCAAAUUCCGUCACCUACAAUGUCUUGUUAAAUGGGAUUUGCAGGCGUGCGAGCUUGCAUCCAGAAGGGAGGUUUGAGGGCGUUAUUAGGGAAGCAGAGAAGGUGUUUGACGAAAUGCACGAAGCUGGGCUGGAGCCCGAUGUGACCAGCUACUCCAUCCUUCUCCACGUGUAUAGCAGGGCCCACAAGCCCCAGCUUUGCCUGGAUAAGCUGCAGAUGAUGAGAGAUGAGGGGAUUCACCCGAACGUUGCCACCUAUACUUCUGUCAUCAAGUGUCUGUGCUCUAGUGGCAGAAUCGAGGAUGCCGAGUCCUUGCUAGACGAGAUGGUGGGCCAUGGCGUGAGCCCCACAUCAGCAACGUACAACUGUUUCUUCAAGGAGUACAGGGGAAGGAAGGAUGUGAAUGGUGCAGUGAGGUUUUACCGGAAGAUGAAGGAAGAUGGUUCUGUUGUCAGUCCCGACAUGCAUACGUACAAUAUAUUGCUUGGGAUGUUCUUGAAAUUGGAUAAGAUGGGCCUGGCUUGGGAGGUUUGGGAGGACAUGAGUGCGAGUGGGUUGGGGCCCGAUUUGGAUGCGUACACACUUUUGGUGCACGGGCUUUGCGGGAAGAGGAAAUGGAAGCAGGCGUGUGAGUUUUUCAUGGAGAUGGUGGAGAAGGGGUUCCUACCACAGAAGAUCACUUUCGAGACUCUUUAUCGAGGGUUGAUUCAGGCGGAUAUGCUGAGGACGUGGAGGAGGUUGAAGAAGAAGCUCGAGGAGGAGUCAGUGUUCAAUAUUCAGAUUCCAAUCUUGUCUAUGCUAUGGAUGUUGAUUGGUUUGAAACAUCCACCAUGUAAUGUUGGCUCCGGAUGGGUGUCGUUAGUGCGAUCUGGGCCGUCCGUUUUUAAAUGGAGCUGCAAAUUGAAAUACUCUUUAAAGUGGCACUGCAAAUAAUUUGGCAGGUCUCUCCAUAGGCCACAAGCCAAAUGGUGAUCAGUAAAUGUGAUUCUUGACCUCAUCUUGCAACGUUUGAAGAAAAUCCCACCAGACUAGAGUUACAGAAAGUGAAAAUAACAUGAGAAAUUCUGCUCCGAAUUUGCUUGAAGAUCUUGUUCUUCAGGAGUAAACCCGUUUUAUUUGGCUGAGCUUUACAGAUAUAUGUUAGUAAUCCAGAAAACUGAUUCUUAUUCAUCAACAUGAAACUUUUGUCAGGCAUCUGUUAAAGUUUGUAACUCGUUGCACCUAACUUUUUUAGUGUUCACAACGUACGAUUCUUCAGAUUGCGAGUAUUUUUGCGUUCAGCACUCUUCUGUAUCAAGAAGUUCAAUUUCAAUCAAGUGACAGACAUAUUCACAGAACGUUGUCAAACUGUAGCACUACACAAAUAAAUUGAAAAAA